AUGGCAGAGAACUCGGACAAAGUUCCUAUCACCUUGGUAGGACCUGAUGACAUUGAGUUUUGCAGUCCUCCGGCAUACGCCACCGUGACCGUGAAACCCUCCAGCCCUACGCGUCUGCUCAAGGUCGGAGCUGUGGUCCUCAUUUCUGGUGCGUUGCUGAUGCUCUUCGGGGCCAUCGGGGCCUUCUACUUCUGGAAAGGGAAUGACAAUCACAUUUACAAUGUUCAUUACACCAUGAGUAUCAACGGGAAGCUACAAGAUGGGUCAAUGGAAAUAGAUGCUGGGAACAACUUGGAGACCUUUAAAAUGGGAAGCGGAGCUGAAGAAGCAAUUGAAGUCAAUGACUUCCAGAACGGUAUCACCGGGAUCCGGUUCGCUGGAGGAGAGAAGUGCUACAUCAAAGCACAGGUGAAGGCUCGGGUCCCCGAGGUGGGCACUGUGACCAAGCAGAGCAUCUCUUCUGAACUGGAAGGCAAGAUCAUGCCACUUAAAUAUGAAGAAAACUCUCUUAUCUGGGUGGCCGUGGACCAGCCCGUGAAAGACAACAGCUUCUUGAGUUCUAAAGUCCUUGAACUCUGUGGAGACCUCCCUAUUUUCUGGCUUAAGCCUAUGUAUCCAAAAGAAAAUUUUGCAGAAAUCCAGAGAGAAAGAAGAGACAUAGUAAGAAACAUUGCUCCGUCUACCACAAGACCACACAGUGAAGCACGAGGCAACCCGGGCCCUAGAAGACUGAAUAAUGAAACCAGGCCCAGUGUCCAGGACGACGCAGAACCAUUCAAUCCCGACAAUCCUUACCACCAGCAGGAAGGAGAAAGCAUGACAUUUGACCCGAGACUGGAUCACGAAGGAAUCUGCUGCAUAGAAUGCAGGCGGAGCUACACCCACUGCCAGAAGAUCUGCGAGCCUCUGGGAGGCUACUAUCCUUGGCCUUAUAAUUAUCAAGGAUGCCGUUCGGCCUGCAGAGUUGUCAUGCCGUGUAGCUGGUGGGUAGCCCGCAUCUUGGGCAUGGUGUGA